AUGAAGGGUCACUUGCAGCUGGGAGAGGAAUGGGGUUAGUGCUGUGGGAGGUGGAUUUGCCAAGCUGCUAUCAUGGACUCUGCAGUUCCCACACUUAUGUUUUCAAGUCCCAGUUUCUGGUUGCCUGCUUUUGUUCCCUUCACUUCAACACCACUGGAAGGUGCCCCUCUGCACAUCAGUUCUAUGCUGUGUGAAACGGAAUGUAGGUACAUAAGCACGACACUGUGAUCCAUUGGAUUGUGCCACCCACAGACCUCCUAAUUGUGUUCAUGUCUGUCUGCUUCCAUGGACCUUGACUGGGGGGGCUUCCAUGGUAGGGAAUGUAUUUGCAGCUGUCAGGGUGCAGACCUCGCCUGUGCUGUUAUGGUUUCUUACCUGGAGUUUUCCAACAAAUACAUGUCUGCUGACUGGCUUCGGACUAUGGUCUCAGCCUAGCAUACUUCACAGGGCUGCUGGAAGAAUAAAUGAGAGUAGAUGGCUUCGGCCAGACAUCAGUUGUGUAAUGCAGAGCAAUAUGUUAAGUAUUCUCAUGUGUUGUGUACACACAUAGAGUGCCCACUUAGGCUUGCACGGUCACAAUGUUGCAGUAACAGUAGAAACCACAAGACCUGCACCCCCCCAAAAAUCAAGCUGUAGGCCUAGCAUCCCUCCAGAUUGGAUUGCUGAAACAUGAAGCUUCCCUUUGUCUGGAAAUGUCAAUUGGUGUGAAAAGCUGCUGUUGUCUGGGGUGUGGUGGUUUGAAUACUUUACCUUAGUGUUCCAUCAGCACUGGUUAUCUCUUCGUUUCUGGACCAUGUUUAAGGUGUUGCUUCUUACCUUUGUGCUGACAUCUGACAUUUCUUCCUCUGUUGUGCCCUUUUCUACUGCCUCCAACCCCUCAUAUAUAUGGAUAUUUGCUUUGCAGAUUUGUGUAGCUGUUUCCGUUUUUAUUUUGAUGUAGACAGGAUUUUAUCAUGACCUAAUCUGAUUUUGGGCAUUGUAUGUCACUCCGGUUUCUGUUGGAGAAGCAUGGGGUUUGAAAUCCUUUACAUUAAACAAUAAUUCCCAUCAGUGCUCUACAUAUUGAACCACUGUAUCAUAGAGGCACUGUGGGCCGAGCAUCCCUGUGCUGUGACUGUCUCAGUUUCCAUCUGCGAUAACUAUUGCGAUGGCUACUAGCCUGCUAUAUUUAUUUUAAGGCAUUUAUAUACCACCCUUCAUAAUAUCUGUCCCAAGGCUAUUUAUGCUGCACUUAAAACAAUAUACAGUACUAUGCACUGGUGGAAUUAAAAUCAAUAAAGAAGUAACACACUUAAAUAGCCAUUAAAACCAUAGAGAGAAAAGCAAAGCUUAAAAGACAGCUUCUUUCCAAUGUUAAAAGUACAAACCUUUGAAAACAUCUUCCCCGACAGCCUAAAAGUUAGCAUGGUGUAUCUUAGGUGGGUCCCCAUGAGUAAGUGAGUUUCAUAAUCAGGGUGCCCUGUAUGAGAAAGCCCACCCCUUUGUGGCCACCCACUUGACCUCUGAUGAAAAUCUGCUGCUUUCAGUGGCGGCUUGUGGCUUCAGCUACUGGACUGCGAUAUCGCCAUGAGCGGUCUCAAGCCACUUUUCGCUCCCCCCCCCCAACUAAUGCAGCGGCAAGGUAGGGAAGCUGGGGUGAGUCCCCCCACCUCAAUUCGGCUGGUCCCCUCGAGACCCCACUCUUGAGGUUUGGGCAGGGUUAGUAUGGGAAGAGGUAGCCCUUUUAUGCUACCUGGUAGUAUGAAUUUCAUUUUGUUUAAGUUACAGUCAUCAAUCAGGGUGGCUUUUUGGUCAAAUAUUAACAUAUAAUAACUAAUAAACAAAAACUAAAAACAGCAAUUUUCUUAAAGCAGCUUAAAAGUAAUAGAUGAAUCAACAAAAGCUAAAUGCCCAGGAAAAUGACAAAGUCUUGGCUGCGUGAUGGAAAGAGAUUUGAGAGGGUGCUUGGGGAGUCUCUCUGGGGAGAGUGUUACAAAGCCGAGGCAUCACCCUUGAAAAGGCCCUUUCUCUUAAAAAGGCACGCAUCAUACUUCAGCCAGCCGCCCUCCAAAUGUUUUAGAAUUUAACUCCCAUCAGCCCCAGCCAGCAUGACCAGUGGCCAGGAAUGAUGGAAGCUGUACCCAAAACAUCUGGAGGUGCCAGGCUGGGAAAGGCUUCAGACAGCAGGCGAACCCAGAGGCGGGUCUCUGGAGAUGGACUCCUAAAUACAGACAGGCACAUAACUGGAGACAGACGAGCCUUUCGGUACCCUGGUCUCAAGCCAUGGAGGGAUUUAAAGAUCAAGGCUAUCACUUUGAAUCGAGCCUAGCAAUGGAACAGGAACCCAGAGCAGUUUCCAAAGCGUGGGCAGCAUUUCCUCCAAAGGCCUCCUGAAAAAUAUUUGUUUCGCCAGGCGCUUUGGGAGAAGCUAAUUCAAUUCAGUGUUGGUCAUGUGUUCUGCAUUUUAUGGUUGUUGUAUUUUUAUGCGAUGGCGACUUAUACGUAUGCCUGUAAAUAAAAAUAGAGUAAUACAAUAAUUGUAUUAUUGUAAUAACCUGCAGUUUUAUAAGAGUACAUAUUUAAAGCAGAUGAAUAAAUGAGCAAAUUAAGUUAAUUUGGAUAUGCAGAAGAUAUUAAAGAAUAAAUUUAAGGGACUGCAGAAAGAGGGGGAAGGAAGUCAAGUUUUGAAAUGUUAAAAUGAUUGUAAAAUUAGUGAGAUGUAUAAACCUGAAAAGCAAAAACUUAAAAUAAAAUAAAAUAAAAAAGAGUAAUGACUGGUUCCUUUUAGCAGAGUUCAAUCCCCGAUGGCAUCUCUAGAUAGGGCUGGGAAAGACUGCCAGUCAGUAUAGGUAACACUGACUAGGUGGACUCGCUAUAAAGCAGCUUCCUGUGUUUAUUCUAUUUGGAUUUUCUGUAGUCACACUUGGCUCUUUGGCUUUUAAUCAUUGCCAUUUAACUGCCAAAUAAGUUCAAAUGCCAGUGUCUUCUGAAACCCCCAAAGCAACCCACCCAGCCCCCCUACUCAAGAGAUCCUCUGUGGUGCUGCUUUGAGGAAUGCUGUGGUAGAAAUCUGAGGGGCGUGUGGUUCCACUGGCAGAACAUCCCUUCCUGAGCCAGUCCCAGAAAGCUUGCAGCCAGGACGAGCCUGGCGAUUGGUGGGCUCUCUGCCCAGCUGGCUCUCCCGCCAAACAGGAAAGCCACAAAGCAGAACCCGGACUGAAUUGAAUAGGAGGAAGUCUCCAACCAGCUACGCAAAGAAAUUUGGCAGAAGUGAAAGAGGCAGCCUAACAACAAGUGCUCUUAGGAACAGCAGCACCCAUGAGAGAAGCAUGUUACCCUUUGGGUAAAGGAUCCUAGCCGGGAACUGGCGCUUCUGGAAGGAAGCCCAGCCAAGCACCCAGAAGUUCCAUGCCAGGAAGCCACCAAUCAGCACUCCACGCCGGUCUGACUCUGCCAUCUCCAUCCGCUCGUUGCAUUCAGAGUCCAACAUGUCCCUGCGCUCAACUUUCUCUCUCCAUGAGGAAGAGGAAGAGCCAGAGCCGCUGGUGUUUGCUGAGCAGCCCUCAGUGAAGCUCUGCUGCCAGCUGUGUUGCAGUGUGUUUAAAGAUCCAGUAAUCACGACCUGUGGGCACACUUUUUGCAGAAGAUGUGCCUUAACCUCUGAGAAGUGCCCGGUGGACAACGCCAAACUGACUGUUGUGGUCAACAACAUUGCUGUUGCUGAGCAAAUUGGGGAGCUCUUCAUCCACUGCAAGUACGGCUGCCGGCCCGCUGCGAGUGGCAAGCCUCCUGCCUUCGAGGUGGACCCUCAUGGGUGCCCCUUCACCAUUAAACUGAGUGCCAGAAAGGACCAUGAAAGCAGCUGUGAUUACAGGCCGGUUCGCUGCCCCAACAACCCCAGCUGCCCGCCACUUCUCAAGAUGAACCUGGAAGCACACCUCAAGGAGUGUGAGCACAUCAAGUGCCCCCAUUCCAAAUAUGGGUGUACAUUCAUAGGAAACCAAGACACAUACGAGACCCAUUUGGAAAUGUGCAAGUUUGAGGGCCUGAAGGAGUUCCUCCAGCAGACAGAUGAUCGCUUCCACGAGAUGCAGGUGGCCAUGGCACAGAAGGACCAGGAAAUUGCUUUCCUGCGCUCCAUGCUGGGCAAGCUCUCGGAGAAGAUCGACCAGCUGGAGAAGAACCUGGAGCUGAAGUUUGAUGUCCUGGACGAGAACCAGAGCAAGCUGAGUGAGGACCUGAUGGAGUUCCGGAGAGACGCUUCCAUGCUGAACGAUGAGCUGUCCCACAUCAAUGCCCGGCUGAACAUGGGAAUCCUGGGCUCAUACGACCCUCAGCAGAUCUUCAAGUGCAAAGGCACUUUCGUUGGUCACCAGGGCCCUGUCUGGUGCCUGUGCGUCUACUCUAUAGGGGACUUGCUCUUCAGCGGCUCUUCAGACAAGACGAUUAAGGUGUGGGAUACCUGUACCACAUACAAGUGCCAAAAAACCUUGGAAGGCCACGAUGGGAUAGUCUUGGCUCUCUGCAUCCAAGGGAAUAAGCUGUACAGUGGCUCUGCUGACUGCACCAUCAUUGUCUGGGAUAUUCAAACCUUGCAGAAAGUUAACACUAUCCGGGCCCAUGACAACCCUGUCUGCACGCUGGUCUCCUCACACAACAUGCUUUUCAGUGGCUCCCUAAAAGCCAUCAAGGUCUGGGACAUCGUGGGCACUGAGCUGAAGCUGAAGAAGGAGCUGACGGGCCUUAACCACUGGGUCCGUGCACUGGUGGCAUCCCAGAAUCACCUCUACAGUGGCUCCUACCAAACGAUCAAGAUCUGGGACAUUCGGAACUUGGAGUGUGUACAUGUCCUGCAGACGUCGGGUGGGAGCGUCUACUCUAUCGCUGUCACAAACCACCACAUUGUCUGCGGCACCUAUGAGAAUCUCAUUCACGUGUGGGACAUUGAGUCCAAAGAGCAGGUGCGUACCCUGACGGGACACGUGGGCACCGUGUAUGCCCUGGCCGUCAUCUCCACGCCAGACCAAACCAAAGUCUUCAGCGCUUCCUAUGACCGGUCAUUGCGGGUAUGGAGCAUGGAUAACAUGAUCUGCACUCAGACUCUGCUACGCCACCAGGGCAGCGUCACAGCACUGGCUGUCUCUCGGGGUCGCCUGUUUUCUGGUGCUGUUGACAGCACGGUUAAGGUUUGGACAUGCUAGUGGGUGCCACUGCCUGCUUGUGGACGGCAGACUACCAAAUAAUCCUCCGGCUCACACGUCCUGCUUCCUUGCGCUCUGACGCCCCUCCCACUGUGCGCGCCAGCCGUGAGCGAGCUUCACAGCCCACGUACCUCAGCACUGCCACCCCUGACGCAGCAGGCCCUGCCUCUAGCAGGGCUGUUUGGAGAUAAAGCUCGCAAGACCACACCACAGCGGCACCGUUUCUGCUGGAACAAGUAGGGCACUGCAGCCUCAAGACAGCAGCGUUUGGGUGAAGUGGGAUUAGAUCGAUGAUCCAGGUGUGAGCACCCACAAUGCAACUUUGCCAACAGCAGUGCCAGAGCCAAGGAUUGGGGGUGACGCGGAGAAGACCCCCCCUCUCUUCUGGCGUUUAAAAUGUAUCUGCUAAAGCUCUUUCAUUUGUGCCCACCGCCAAUGAUAAAGACCAGUUUUCCCCUCAUGUAACCAGGUACGAUUUUUAUGUCUCAAAGAUUCCCAUUCCUCGCAUCAGGUACCGCAAGGCCAUCCAUUCACAGCAUCAUGUCAUAACGGCACCAAGCCCCCAAUGGUUUAAAACAAAAACAGGGAGAGCCCACUGUUGUGUUUUUACUGACAUUUUCUACUGUUUUUAAGAUUGUGAUAUAGAUUUGGAUUAUUUCUUCCUUGACAAUAAAAAUGGACCAUUGUUUUA